AUGGAUAAAAGAAGCUCCUGGCCAUUGGAUCCACCUAAAGGGAAUGUUAAACGUUAUACACAACCUGUCGAGGUUAUAGAUCAUCCUGAAAGUCAAUUGCAGAAUUUGCUUUUUGACGAGCAAACGGUACGGCAAAAAUUUGUUCGAAAAGUUUAUAUGAUCUUAAUGGCUCAACUUUGUGUGACUUUGGCAUUUCUAUCUCUGUUCGUUUUUAAUGAUGACGUGAGCGGAUUUGUUUACGAUAAUCCUGCUCUAUUUUGGCUCGCGUUCAUUAUUUUAUUUAUCACUAUGCUAAUAAUGUUAUGCUUCGACGAUGCACGUCGUAAAACACCGAUAAAUUUCGUAUUCUUGGGUAUUUUUACUUUAGCCGAAUCGUUUAUGUUGGGCAUUAUUGCCAGUCAAUUCGCACCGGACGAAAUCUUCAUCGCUGUAACAAUUACGGCAAUUUUAUGUUUGGCCCUUAGCUUGUAUGCCGUACAAACGAAAGUAGACUAUACCGUAAUGGGUGGUAUAUUGUUAGUCUGUGUAUUGGCCCUAUUGAUAUUCGGCAUUGUGGUCAUAAUAUUCCCGGGUCGCGUAAUGAUUAUGGUUUACAGUUGCCUUGGCGCUUUACUAUUCAGCAUUUAUUUAGUAUACGAUACGCAACUAAUGAUGGGCGGUAAACACAAGUAUUCAUUGAAUCCUGAGGAGUAUGUGUUUGCGGCCUUAAAUCUAUAUCUCGAUGUUAUUAAUUUAUUUCUCUAUAUAUUAUCCAUGAUGGCAUCUUCGAGGCAUUAA